UGUAUGUGGUAUGUUAUAAGGUAUGGUGUGGUCUAGGGUUUCAUGGUACCAUGGGGAUGCCACUGGGGACGGUGGGAUCAAGAUGCAUAGGGGCCAUGCUCCCACCGCUCAUGGUCUGCUUUUCCUCCACGGCAGGGCUCCGGGGGGCCAGCUGGGUGCCGGGGUGCCCGCUCCCACGGUGGCAUGGAGACAUGGUCCCGGCGCAGCGCUGCCUUCGACUGCGUGCCCCAGCCGGCAGCCUGCUGCCCUGACUGGAUGGCAGAGCUCCCCGAUGCCCUGCCCCUCUCCCACCUCUCCAUCCCUGGCACCCAUGACUCCCUCAGCCUUUUCGGUGGCCGGCGCCUGCGGUGCCAGAGCUGGGGCCUGGAGGCCCAGCUGGCGGCUGGCAUCCGCUUCCUGGAUGUGCGCUGCAAGCUGUCGCGGGGUGAGCUCCGCAUCUACCACCUCUGCACCUUCCAGCGGGCCAGCCUGCGCGGCGUCCUGCGCCGCACCCUGCACUUCCUCCGCGCCCACCCCAGCGAGGCCGUGCUUAUGCGCAUCAAGGAGGAGCUGCCCAUCUUCUCCCAGCCUGGCUUCGCUGCCCAGCUGCACCGCUGCCUGCUGGAAGAGGGACAGGGCUGCGUGUGGUGCCGGGAGGAGGUGCCAACGCUAGGCCAGGUGCGCGGGAAGAUCGUGGUGCUGGAAGCGCUGGCGCGGGAGGUGUUGGGCAUUCCCUAUGAGCAGCUGAGCAUCAGCGAUGCCUGGAACGUGCUCUCACUGGAGCGCAAGUGGGCCCGGGUGCAGCGGCACUUGGAGAAGGCGGCCGGCGGAGACCCCACCAUCAUGUACCUCACCUUCUGCUCCGGCAAUGGGCUCUUCACCUGCCCAGAGGAGGUGGCCCGCUUUGUGAACCCCCGCUGCUGCCAGCACCUGCGGCGCCGGGGCGGGCAGCCGAUACGCUGGGGGGUGGUCAUCAUGGACUUCCCUGGCUCAGGCCUUCUCCGGCUCAUCGUGGAGAGCAACGGCCCAGCGGCCCCCAGCACCCCCGGGGCACCGUCCCGGCACCGCCGCGGCAGGCAGGACAGACGCCGUGGCCAGCGCAGCUCGGCGCGCUGGCCCUCGGGGAGGACACUGCUCCCGGCCCCGCGCCCUGCCGGAGGGCCUCAGUGCCUGGAGGGCAAAAGCGGGUUCCCAGGUCCUGCGGAGCACCGGCAAGCCUUCGUGUGACAAUGGUGUGACAGCCGCAGCGGCAGCAGAGGAGGGCCGGCUGCCCGGGGAGCUGCGCCCUGCCCUGAGAAGCCAGGUACGGUGCCGGUACGGGGCUGG